GCUGCCGAUGUGGGACUAAACAAACAGCCACCGUGUGCUAGCUACUCCCACGGCCCCUUGCUGCUGCUGGGCUUUCAGAUUUCCUUACCUCAGGCCUUAUUGGGCUGGGCUUAUCAGCGGGCAGCAACGGUGGUUAAAACAUCUAACAGUUCGCUCAAAAAAAAAAAAAAACAUCUAACAGUUAAUACCGGCGGUUGCCGAAAUGUCGCCGCCCACCGCCGCCCGCCUCUCCGGGCUCCUCCGGCGUUGCGCCGCCGCCGGAGCUCUACCCGCCGGCGCGCAGCUCCACGUGCAGGCCAUCGUCAGAGGCCACCUCCCCCAGGCCACCCUCGAGACCGACCUGGUCCUGCUGUACUGUCGCUGCGCCGCUCUCCCGUGCGCCCGCAAGGUGUUCGACGCGAUGCCUUCUCCGUCCAUGCACGCGUACAACAUCCUCCUCGCCGCCUCCCCACCCCGCGCGGCUCUCGAGCUUCUCUCCGGCCUCAUCGCGGCCGGAUUCCGCCCUGACCGCUACGCGGUCCCUGCGGCUCUCCGGGCGUGCGCCGAGCUCCAGGACCCGCUUCUUGGCGCCGUGCUCCAUGGGUUUGCCGUCCAGUUCGGGUUUCUCGGCAAUGUUGUUGUUUCCAGCGCACUUCUAGAUAUGUAUGCCAAGUCUGGUCUCCUGGACAAUGCAGCGAGGGUGUUCGACGAGAUGCCAGAGAAGGACUCUGUUGUGUGGAAUUGCAUGGUUACCGCUUAUGCGAGGGCCGGGAUGGCAGCGGAAACUCUGGAGAUCUUCAGGAGGGCUCAGGUGGAGGUGGUGAACAUGGCGAGAGACCUGCGGUCCGUGCCGAGCGUGCUGAAUGCCUGUGGGAAGGAAGGGGAGCUCAUGAAGGGGAGAGAAAUACAUGGUAGGAUGGUGCGAUGCCUUGCAUUCGAUUCGGAUGUCCCAAUCGGAAACGCGUUGAUCGACAUGUAUGCAAAGUGCGGGCAUGUGGAUGCAUCACGAGCGGUGUUUGCGGGCAUGCUGGAGAGGAAUGUGGUGAGCUGGUCGACACUGAUAUCUUGCUAUGGUGUCCAUGGCAAGGGAAAAGAGGCAUUGAGGAUAUACAAGGAGAUGUUGUCUCAGAGAGUCAAACCGAAUGGCAUCACCUUCAUGUCGGUCCUUUCUAGUUGCAGCCACUCAGGGCUCGUGACCGACGGGCGGAUGAUCUUUGAGUCAAUGAGUAAGGUUCAUGGUGUGGAGCCCACUGCUGAGCACUACGCAUCUAUGGUUGACAUCUUGGGGCGGGCAGGAGCCAUUGAAGAAGCUGUCGGGCUUAUAAGGAAGAUGCCUAUGGGGCCUUGUGCUAGUGCAUGGGGAGCUGUACUCUCCGCUUGUGCUACACAUAAUAAUGUUGAUGUUGGAGAGAUUGCAGCUUAUAGGUUGUUUGAGUUAGAAGAAGAUAAUGCUAGUAACUAUGUUACUCUCUGUGGAAUCUAUGAUGCAGUGGGUCAGCUUGAUGGCGUUGCAGGAUUAAGAUCAAGGAUGAGGGAACUUGGCAUGGUGAAGACACCUGGGUGCAGCUGGGUUGAUGUCAAGGGAAGAGCUUAUGCCUUUUACCAAGGGAGCAUCCCACGAUAUUUGAGGAGACAAAUGUUUUGGAUUUUAGAUCGGUUACUCGAGGAUAUGGGAAGUUCAGAAUCUAAAUAUGAGCAUACGAACCAGUAUUACGAAUUAACUUAGCACUGAAGCUGGUAUGCAGAAGUCCUGUACUGCUGCAAUCAGAUUGGUCUGAGCAUAAAGCAAUAAUCAGCUAUGAUUGUUGUCAUGGUUCCAUGAGCAAUUUUUUUUAUCAUGCAAGGAAUUCUGGUCAAUGUGGAUACUUGUGACCUUGAAUAUUUCCAUGCCAAUAUCUGGAUCUAUAUGCUGCAAAAAAUGAAGUGGAGCUCGGGUAAGAGCGACGCUGGUUCUUCAGUUUGAGGCUAUGACUAUCUGCUCUCUUUAACGUGCAUAAAUUGGAUAUGCCGCUGAAUAUACUGGGUAAUAGAGAAGUUCAAUGGCAGAAUAGAUGAAUCUCACCAACAUGUGCUAUCUUUAAGGUGCAUAAUGCAGGCAAAUGGAUGCCCAAAGAGAAGCGCCUUAUGCCAACAAAAACAAUAAGCCAACAUAUAUGAAACAGUGAGCAGAAUCAUUAGGCCCAUGAACAAUAGCAAGAAAGAACUGCUUGGUGGGCAACUUCAUGAAGGCAGUGACCAAUUGAUCAUUUUAAUCAUGCAACUUCAAACACUACUCAGGCGUUUUGUGAUGAACUGAUGAUUUCCAUCCUUGGAUUGGAUUACAGCAUUGUAUGUAACCUCCAGAAAGAGAUCGGUACAGCCACCAUGAGAAGUUGUGCAGAGUGUUAUUUCUUCCAAGUGUGCAAAUCAGUUUUUGUGCCUAAUUAUGUGAUUAUUCGCAAAUUUUGAAGGGGUCAAGGUGAUCACCUGGCACCUCGUUGAUACCGUCCAAAUUCACUUCAAGACAACAAUUUGGGACUGCCCAAGAGCACCAAAGAUGGGUUUUUUAUGCGUACAUAAAAUAUGUUGUUACUGUCAGCUUUUGGCCUUUGGGGAGCAAAGAGACAUCCAGCUUCCAACUGGAUAAGCCGGAAUACUUUACUCUUGAUGCAGUUCUACUUUCUGAACCUUGUGUUCUGGCACACUGAUCCAGCAGAAUUUGUCCAGAAAAUAACUCUAAUUAAGGUAAGAGACUGCCCCUGCCGACUGGCACUGCCCAUAGUUGAGCUCAGCACGACAAGACAGCAUGGGAGCAGCUGCUUUUUGUAGGUACACUUAGUCAAUGGGUGGAUGUGUUGUGUUUGGGAGCCUCUGUCCAAGCACAAAUGAUCGAAAUAGUCCCAGAGAUCGGUCUGGCUGCGCAAACGGCACCAUGUGAGAUGCGCCCCGCACCGUUGCAAAGGUCAGCAUGUUACCAUACUCUGUUACCCAGCCUCCAACCUUGAAAAUCAAAGGGCAACAGAUGUAUCAUUGGUCAGACAACUUUUCACUGGUUUGCAUUCAUGGUCUGUAUCAGCUAAUAUGGCAAUUGUAAUUCAGCCUGUUCUCGUGGAAUAGAAGUAUACCUGGCCUUUGUGGAACCAAGUACUGUAUGGAACUGUGACAUGGAACCCCAUUGUAUGAGCUAGCUCUCGCACAAGGGUUCGGGAGCCCAAGAGGGGCACCACAGAGUCUUGAUCCCCGCUGUACGUUGAUUGAUCUUGUCAUGGCAAAUUUCACAUGGGCUUAAACAAA